AUGCGCCCACUCACUCGACUUCGACCACACCUCAACAGAGCUCUGCAGUUGCAGACUUUAAGGCCGCAAUGGCUGUCAACUUCAGCAAUUCGCCGCUGUUCCUGCGGCGACGCUGCCAAUAAGGUCGAAUCCAUACCUUCUACCGACCACCGAGCUCUGGGCACCACGCAAGAGCUCUUCACCUCCUCCGUCUAUAGUCCUGGGUCUCCUCUUUUUCUCCCCAAUGGCACACAUGUCAUCAACAAGCUUAUCUCCUUCCUACGAGCCCAAUAUCUUCAGUACGGCUUCCGCGAAGUCCUAACUCCGUCCAUCUACAAACGAUCGCUCUGGGAGGUGUCAGGUCAUUGGCAAAACUACAAAGAUGAUAUGUACGAGGUGACUGGCCGCGGCGCGAGUGGUGAAACAGAGGGCGAGGUAGGAGAAGAUGAAUCCUACGGGCUCAAGCCAAUGAACUGUCCAGGGCACUGCCUGCUCUUUAAAUCACAGAACCAUUCCUACCGCGAAUUGCCGGUGCGAUACGCCGACUUCAGUCCUCUACAUCGAAAUGAAAUUUCAGGCUCGUUGACCGGUCUAACGCGAGUGCGCCGGUUCCACCAGGACGAUGGCCACAUCUUCUGCCGGCCACAGCAGAUCAAGUCGGAGAUCGCAUCGGCAUUGGGAUUUGUCGAGAUGGCCAUGAAGACCUUUGGGCUGGGUCCAUACCGAUUGGUGCUUUCGACCCGACCCGAGACUGAUUACAUUGGAACUUUGGAAAUGUGGGAGAAUGCGGAGAACCAGUUGCGCCAGGCCCUGGACAGCACUGGUCGAGAGUGGGCGCUGAAUGAAGGUGAUGGCGCUUUCUACGGGCCCAAGAUUGAUAUCCAGCUUCAGGACCAGGCCGGUAAAUUUCAUCAGCUGUCGACUAUCCAGCUGGAUAUGAACUUGCCCCAGCGAUUUGGGCUGGAGUACCAAGUCGCUGAGGGAGAGGAGGACUAUAACCCGGCCACACCAGGAUUUGCAACUCCUGUCUUGGUGCAUCGGGCUAUUUUCGGCUCCCUAGAACGAUUCCUGGCAUUGUUGAUGGAGCAACAUGGCGGCCACUGGCCAUUCUGGCUGUCUCCGCGUCAAGGAAUUAUCCUAACGGUCAACCAGGACGAAGCAGUCGUGAAGCAAGCACAAGAAGCGGCGGCUAAAUUCUCUGGAUUCCGAGUCCUUCAGAAUGGCACCGAGCCGCCACGUCCAUUGUCAUCACUUGAUUCCACCUUCCUGAUGGAUGUUGACACUAGCGCUCAGACCCUGGGUAAGAAGAUCCAACGCGCCAAGCAAAUGAAGUAUAACCUUAUCUUUAUUCUGGGUCCGCGUGACCUGGCCGAUGGUAGCAUCACGGUCGACGUUUCUGGGCAGAUGCAGAGCAGGACCGAUGCGGAUGCGCAGCAGUUCCGAACUUUAAUCCGGUCCCAGCUGGGUGACGAUGCGCUACAGAACCCUCGGGCUGUGAAGCUUAAGCUGGAUGAGGUGCAUCCAUUGCUGGUGCAAUUUGAGAAGAAUUUCCUGUGA